CAGCCCGUUGUGUCCGUCAAGCGUUUCCAGAAGACAUCAGGAAUGUGCGUGGUUUCAGACAAGGAUCAGUGACAGGUUACUAGAGAAAUAGGAACUGUGGAUUAGAAAACAUCCUCUCGCACAGAGAUCACAUAACCUCAUUCAGCCACCGAGGGCAGAAGAUCAUCCAGUCAAUCUAGCCACUGUCGACUUCUUUUGACUAGCUGACCAAAGUAUUGACUUUGACAGCUGAAGUUGUGGGGCUACCUCGUAAGGAAGAUAAACAGGAAUACAAAGCCACUGAGAGAGGAAGGUGUAGGUAACAAAAGUCAUGGCUCCAGCAGGGGUGUUGGGGGUGACAGGUUGGUCUUUAUGGUCCUCUUCGUCCCCUGAGGUGUGUUUCGUCUCUAUCCUCAUCUUCCUCAUUCUCACCAUCACGGUCGUCACCAUCUGUAUCAAGUGCCGCAGAAAACAAGAUGUCCAGAUUGAGGUUAUAAACCAAGGACAGACUUUACCCAAGACAGAAGCCUUUCCUGCAAAUAAGUCCUUCAGCAAUGAUGACCAACCCCAAGGUACCCAGUUACCUGACUUACCUUCAUGGAGGCACCACAAGAACAUGCCAGAGAACAAGCUCCCUCAGGCCCUCCCCCGCAACCAGGCCUCACCGUAAUAGAGAUAAACCAGCCAGCCAGGUGUCCCCAAAUAGAGAUAAACCAACCUGCCGGGUGUCCCCCAAUAGAAAUAAACCAGCCAGACAGGUCCCCCCCAACAGAAAUAAACCAGCCAGCCAGGUGUCCCCAAAUAGAAAUAAACCAGCCAGCUGGGUGUCCCCAUCAGAGGUAAACCAGCCAGCCAGGUGUCCCCAGCAGAGAUAAAACAGCCAGCCUAGUGUCCCCAAUAGAGAUAAACCAGCCAGCCAGGUUCCCCCAAAAGAGAAAAAACAGCCAGCCUGGUGUACCCAUUAGAGAUAAGCAAGCUUGACUGGUGUACCCAGAAGAGAUAAAACAGUCUCGUGUUCUGAAUACAGAUAAACCAGCCAGGCAGGUGACAUCAGUAGAGUUAAACCCACCAGUCAAGUGUCCCCGUCUGAGAUAAACCAACCACCCAAGUGUCUCCAGUAGAGAUGAAACAGCCAGCCAAGUGUCUCCGAUAGAGAUGAAACAGUCAGCCAUGUGUAUUCAAAAUAGAUGAGGCAGCCAGCCAAGUGUCCCCAGUAGAGAUGAAGCAGCCAACCAAGUGUCUAAUAGAGAUGAAGCAGCCAGCUUGUAUAAAAUCUCCCUGGUCCCCAAGCAGACCACCAGACACCCACCCUGCUGAUCGAUAUAAUUGUGGUGGUUAGAACCCAAUUGACUGAUUGACUGAUUCAUUCAUGUUCUUUGAUUUAAAAAAUUGUCAACCUUCAAAUGGGAAAUAGCAUACAUUUACAAUAAUCUUAUGAACUGAUGAUGUCACUGUAUUGUGUAUCAUUGAUAUUCAACUGGGAGCAAUACUUUGAUUCUAUUUUUAAAAAACACUGUAGUUAUUGCAUCAUUGUAAGAACAUUCUCUCCUUUCAUGAAAUCUGACAUUGUGUUAAACUGUUUUUUUCUCAAAUAAAAGAAAAUCUCCA